UUGUGUCUUAGAAAAGCAGAAAUACUGUGAAAGAUUGAAAUAACCUAAAUCAUCCAAAACUAAGGCAUACAUAACGAAACAACUUCUAGUACUUAUAUAGAAAAAGGACAUGUAUUUGUAGACAUUAGAAUAUCAGAAUUUGAAGCAAUUAAGAAUGUCUCUGCCAAGUAGACAAAUAGCUAUUAUUAACCCUCCACCACCAGAGUAUAUAAAUACUAGGAAAAAUGGGAGAUUGACAAAUCAGCUGCAGUAUCUACAAAAAGUUGUCUUGAAGGCUUUAUGGAAGCAUCGUUUUUCCUGGCCUUUUCAGCAGCCCAUGGAUGCCGUGAGACUAGAGUCGCCCGAUUAUUACACCAUUAUCAAAAACCCAAUGGAUUUAAGUACAAUUAAGAAGCGCUUGGAAAAUAAGUAUUAUGUGGAGGCUUCAGAAUGCACAGAAGACUUCAGAACAAUGUUCUCGAAUUGUUAUUUAUACAACAAGCCUGGAGAUGACAUUGUUCUUAUGGUCAAAGCUCUAGAGAAUUUAUUUAAACAGAAAUUAUCACAGAUGCCAAAAGAAGAGCAAGUUGUGGGUGGUAAGGAAAGAAUCAAGAAAGGCACUAAACAGAACGUAGCAGUUUCUUCUGUUAAAAAACAACAGCCUCCUAAAGGAUCAGAGAAAGUAUUUAAGCCGCAAGUGAGUCCCUCUGUAUUUCCUGAAUCAUCUACUUCUCCUUUAAAUAUAGCACAAGGUGCUCCACCCAACUCUACCUCACAAACAGUGGCUCAGGUUACAAAGGGUGUAAAGAGGAAAGCAGAUACAACAACUCUUACAACUUCAGUCCUUAAGGCAAGUGGUGAACCUUCCCCAGCACUUACAGAAAAAAAACCAGCCAAAAUGCCACCCGUCAAAGAAAGUGGGGGGAAGAAUGUUUUGCCGAAUUCUCAGCAACAAUAUAAAGUUAAAGUAACUGAACCAUUAAGGCACUGUAGUGAGAUUCUGAAAGAACUGUUUUUUGAAAUGCAUUUUGCAAAGAUCCCAGAUGAACCUAUUGAGAGUAAUCCUAUCUAUAAUAUCAAAACGGAUACCACAAAGUCCCUUGGUAGAGAAAGCAGUACUGAAACUUCCUCUGAAGAUAACUCUUCUGGUGAUUCUGAAGAUGACCAAGUUCACAGUGCUACAAAGCUUCAGAAGCAGGUUAAAGCUAUUCAUCAGCAACUGCAGGUUCUAUCCCAAGUACCACUCCAUAAGCUAAAGAAAAAAAGGGACAAAUCUAAACGGGAAAAGAAAAAAGGAAAGGUUAAUAACACGGAUGAAAAUCCAAGAAAGAAGGUUAAGCAAAUGAAAUUAAAGGAGAAAUCUAAGAGCAAUGAUCCGAAGAAGAGGGAACAACCAGUGUUGGCUCUGAAGUCUGAGGAUGAAGAUAACGCUGAACUUAUGAGCCAUGAUGAGAAAAGGUGGUUAAGUUUGAAUAUAAGCAAACUCCCUGUAGAUAAACUUGGGAAAGUCCUUCAUAUAAUACAUUCCAGAGAAGCUUCACUGAGAAAUCCCAGCCAUGAGGAGAUAGAGAUAGACAUGAAAAUACUGAAAACAACAACACUGAGAGAGCUAGAAAAAUAUGUUGCUGCAUGUCUAAGAAAAAGACCACUAAAACCUAGUGGUAAGAAAAUAAUGAAGUCAAAUGGAGAACUUCAUGCACAGAAAACACAGGAGUUGGAAAAGCGGUUACUAGAUGUCAAUAAUCAGUUAAAUUCCAGGAAAUGCCAAACAAAACCUGAGAAAGCGCCAUCAUCCACGGCUGUUGCUGGAAUUGAUUCCCGAUUGAGUGACAGCAGCAGCAGUUCCUCAGAGUCUGAAAGUAGUAGCGGUGAUUCCGUGACUUCAGACAGCAGUGAUUCCGAAUCAGAAAUGUUACCUAAAUUUACUGAGGCGAAACAGAAGGGAACUCCUUCUAAAGAGAAAGUAAAGAUACAAUCUACUAUGCGAGAUACAACCUCUAGCACUACUGCCCUUUUUCAUCAGACUACACAUUCAAGUGGAACCGCACCAGAUCACCACCAGUUAGCAAUUAAUCAUCAAGAAUUCGAAUAUAAACCGAGUGUGAAACACAUUUCACCUUUACAAAUCCUGCCUUUCUCAGGUGGUUCUGAAAAUCACUUGAAUGGCCUACCUGUGAUGCAUCAGUCUUGGGAUGACACAAUGGUGGUCGAGUCUGAAUGUCAAGUUUCUGUGCGGAAGGAUAUAAAAAUCAAGAAUGCUGACUCUUGGAAAAGUUUGGGCAAACCGGUUAAAACUUCAGGUGUAUGGAAAUCCUCAGAUGAGCUCUUCAACCAGUUUAGAAAAGCAGCCAUAGAGAAGGAAAUAGAAGCUCGAACUCAGGAACUAAUACGGAAACAUCUGGAACAGAAUACAAAGGAACCCAAAGUAUUUCAAGAAAAUCAAAGGCACCCUGGUUCCACUCUAGAAUCUUUUUCAAAUAAGAUGCCAAACAGGUGCCUUGGAGACAAGCAGAAAGAACACCAGCAGCUGGAAGCUCAAGAGAACAGUAGCCUUGGGCUUCUCAAAGACCGUCAUGUAGCGAGGGAGAGAGAGCAAGAGCGGAGGAGGAGAGAAGCAAUGGCUGGUACCAUUGAUAUGACUCUUCAACGUGACAUUAUGACAAUGUUUGAAAACAUUGAGCUUUGA